UUUCAUUUAUUCGCCCGUGAUAUGACACCUGCUGACGUCACCAUCUCCCUCUAUGGAUCAAAACAUGGCGGCUGCCAUGGAGCUGAGGUGCUGGGGAGGAGACUGGGGUUUGCCUUCCGUCCACACCGAGUCUCUAAUAGUUCAGGCAUACGCCAAGUUUUCUGGGGCAAAAAUUACUGUUUCUCCUAUAGACUGGACAUGGAAAACUCUGACAGCAACAGUCCCAGAGUUGCUGUGUGGAGACUCUGCAGUUCAAGAACCUACAAAUAUUCUCAACUUCUUGAGAAAACAGAGAUUUAAUGCCGACUAUGAACUGACAGCCCGACAAGGAGCCGACACCAUGGCAUACAUCGCUCUGCUUGAAGAAAAACUACGUCCAGCUCUGCUGCACACGUUUUGGGUGGAUGCAGAAAACUACGCCAAUCUGACGCGACCUUGGUUUGCUUCACGCUCGCCAUUCCCUCUUAACUUUUUGGUCCCAAGUCACCAUGCCAACGCCGCCCUCUCCCGCAUCCUUUUAAUGAAAGGAGAGGCCCCGCUACACAAAAUCACAGAGGUCGAGGGAAAGAUCUACAGUGAUGCUAAAGAGUGCCUGAAUCUCCUCUCAUACAGGCUGGGAAUGGAAAACUACUUCUUUGGCAACUUGCCAACCAGUCUGGAUGCCUUUGUGUUUGGUUUUUUGGCUCCAAUUUACAAAGCCAGUCUCCCCAGUAGCCCCCUGCAGAGCCACCUCCGUCAGCUUGACAACCUCACAAGCUUCUGUGACAACAUCCUCGCAGUCUACUUCAGCUCGGACCGCCCUUGUCCCCCUCCACCUGUUCAGGAAACAAUGGAUGCCAAUCUCCAGAAACUAACGCAGCUUGUAAACAAAGAGUCCAACUUGAUAGAGAAGGUGCUUCUGCUUUCCUUUUAUCGUCUCUUUGCAUGGGGGCACGGUUGCUUUUGGCAGAUGGAUGACAACCUUCGCAGCAGCCCUCAGCACAAACCCCACAGACCAGACCCCAAACCCAGCCUGGCCAGCGAGCAAAACUCGACCCCUGCCUGACCCUGACCUGUCAACCCCGAUGCAGGCCUAAACAUGGAGAACCACUAAAAGGUGCACUUCUGACAACAUCCUCAAAUCAGAACAUUUUCAUCCAGGGGAAAUAUAGUUUGUAUGGAAAAUAACCUAAUAUUUAUUGGAUGUAAGACUAACUAUCAGAGGCUAUUUUAAAGAAAUAUAAUUUUGAUUGAUUUCAAAGAUGUUGGUCUGACAGAUGGAAAAGGGCAGGUUUUUAAAAAAAGGCUGAGUGCAUGUAUGUGGUUAUGGAUGGAAUUCCACUAAGUGGUUUUUGAUGACAAAGUUUCAAAGUAAAUGAGAAGUCCUGCAGUGUAUAAACGAAGUGGCACAGUUUGACCUCUUGUUGCUUUUGUAAGAAAUGUUUUCUAGUUUUUUGUUCCUCCUUUUUUCGGCACAGUUUAUGCACCAUAGGACUAGUGAGAACAUUUUCUCACCUGCGUGAGGUGGGUAAUGACAUCUGUUUAAGACACAUUGAUCACUAACAUAGUGCAGAGUUGUGCUCAAAAUGGGAAUAUAUGUUUAGUUUUUUAUCAUGGUGGUGAUAUCAGAUCUUUUUCCAACUCCUGUACAAAUAGUCUGUAAAUUCUAAUAUAAAUUGGUGUUAUGUACACUAAGGUUUAUAGUUAUGACUUGGAUAAAUCACCUAUUUGACUUUGCUUUCAUCUCCUCUGCUUUGUAUAACUUGUAUAGUUGUAAAUAUUUUCAUGAUGGAAAUAUCAUAAUUUCCUUGUGAUUUCCUCUAAUCGGGCUGAUUAGCUUCUUCACAGCUUUUGCUAGAUACACUGAGGUAGUUCAUACUCACUAUUAACUUCUUCAUGCACAUUAUGUGGGACUAAUAUGUUUGUGUUUACCUGAGCUCUAUCAGAAACCACUGUCUUUGUUUUUCAUUAACAAUCCACUGGCAUCUGUUGCCAUGGUUUCCACUGACAAUCUUACAGGUGUAGUGUUUAUUUUGUUUAGAUGUUUCAGCUGUGUUGUCCUUUGCUGUGCCUAUUUAAAACCUGGUCAAUACUGAAGUGUCUGCCACACUUGGGAAUGUCUCAUUACCCGCCUUUUUUUAUUUAUUCUCCUGUCUGAGUUUCAGAAAUUGAACCGUAAAAUUAUUUGCCAUGAUCUUUUUAAUUUAUUAUUGUCAUGCUUCCUAUAUUUCUCACAGGUCAAACACUUCAGAAUUGUGUCUACUUAACUUUCCCCAUUAGUGUCUCCAUCUAAAAGUAUUGAUCCUUUUCAAGAUACUUGGGCUCUUCAAGUUUCACAUACAACACUUUAAGGUUACAAUUCCUUUAAAGCACCAUACCAUGAAACAAAAGCAUUCGUCUGUGUGUUCACUUGUGUGUUUUUGGUUUGUCAAAUAAAAACUGGCUUAUGAGGAGCAUAAGAACUA